GGAAAAUAAAAUUUAUUAGAAAAAUAAUAUAAGAAUAAUAAUAAACCAAAAUUAUUUGACCCAUUAGCUUUUUCUUGCCUCUUUCUUUUGACGGCAAAUUCAUGGCCAAUGCCUUUGAGGCUUUCUUCCUUUUUUGUUCCUUAGAAAGCAAAGGAAACUCACCCACAAGAAAAAGCCACAAGGAAACGAACAACACAACCGCGUAGACUCUUCAGACACAGUCAAAACUAUCUCUCUCUUUUCUAACUUAACCUCGCCCUCUCUCCUCUAUAAAUACCCCAUCACUUCCUCCACAGAAACUAUUACCAUUGCUCUCUCAAAUUCAUUCAUUCAUUCAAUUUGCUUUAAUCUUUGACUACUCUAUAUGCCGAGGAAAGGUAUGAGGACUGUAUUCUUCAAGCCAUCUCCUUCAUCUUCUCCAAUGAGAUCACCACCCCAUCGCCAUACUUUCUCUGAUACAUUGAUAGAUGAGAAUAUUGACAAUGCCCAUAUCAUCAUUUCCAAAUGGGACUCUGAUUCCACCACCAUCUCUUCUCUUUUCACUCAUGAUCGCCAAGAAGCAAUGCAAUAUCUUACCUCUGUCAAACAACUACAGUCUGCUAUGCAAUAUUACAUCACUGAGAACUCUGCUUCUGAAAUGCUCGUCCGAGCUCAAAAUCUCAUGCAAAUUGCUAUGAAACGACUUGAGAAAGAGUUCUACCAGAUCUUGAAGUUUAACAGAGAAUAUCUUGACCCGGAAUCAGUGUCCAGUCACUCUUCCAGAGCUUCAAGGUCCAGUGUUUCAGAUUUUGAAGAUGAAUCAGAGGAUGAGGCUUCACGAUUAAGUGACUCUGUGUCUGAAGUGGAGCGAGUCUCUAUGGUUGCCAUGGCGGAUUUGAAGGCGAUUGCAGAUUGCAUGAUUGGUUCUGGUUAUGGAAAAGAGUGUCUCAAGAUUUAUAAAAUUGUUCGAAAAUCAAUUGUUGAUGAAACUCUCUAUCAUCUUGGUAUCGAGAGAUUGAAUUUCUCCCGGAUUCAAAAGAUGGAUUGGGAGGUACUGGAGUUGAAAAUCAAGAGCUGGUUAAAUGCAGUGAAGGUGGCUGUUAAGACGCUGUUUUAUGGAGAGAGGAUUCUCUGUGAUCAUGUCUUCUCUGCUUCUGCUACGAUAAAAGAGUCGUGCUUUACCGAGAUUACAAGAGAAGGUGCUUUGACCCUAUUUGGAUUCCCAGAAAGUGUAGCCAAGUGCAAGAAAACUCCAGAGAAAAUGUUCCGCACUCUCGACCUAUACGAAGCAAUAGCUGAUCUCUGGCCGGAGAUUGAGUCCAUUUUCAACUACGAAUCAACCUCCACCGUCCGGUCACUGGCCAUUAACUCCCUAAUCCGGCUCGGUGAGGCUGCACGUACCAUGCUAACGGAUUUCGAAUUGGCUAUUUCCAAAGACAAUUCCAAAACGCAAGUACCUGGAGGUGGGGUCCAUCCUCUCACGCGUUACGUAAUGAACUACAUCACUUUCCUUGCUGAUUACAGCGGUAUCCUAUCCGAUAUAGUCGCCGAUUGGCCGUUAACGGUGUCGUCCCCGUUGCCAGAAUCUUACUUCAGCAGCCCCGAGCCGGAAGACGGGGCAUCCUCCUCGAUUUCCGUACGGCUGGCUUGGCUCAUACUCGUUUUACUCUGCAAACUCGACGGCAAGGCCGAGCUUUACCAGGACGUAUCUCUAUCGUAUCUGUUUCUCGCUAAUAAUCUCCAGUACGUGGUUAACAAAGUCCGCAAAUCAAGCCUGAAAUUCCUCAUCGGCGAGAAUUGGAUCGAGAAACACGAGGCCAAGGUGAAACAGUACGCACAAAAUUACGAGCGCAUGAGGUGGAACAAGGUUUUCUCUUCGUUGCCGGAGAAUUUAGGGAUAGGGAUGACGAUUCACGAAGUGGCAGAGUGUUUCAAAAGGUUUAAUUCUGCUUUCGAGGAGGCGUACAAGAAGCAGCGUUCGUGGGUGGUACCAGACGCGAAAUUAAGAGACGAGAUUAAAAUAUCGGUGGCAAAGAAGUUGGUGCCGGUAUAUCGGGAAUUCUACGAAAAGUAUCGGGUGGUGGUAAGCCGAGAGAUUGCAAGCACAGGAAUUGUCAGAUAUGCCCCUGAUGAUUUGGGGAAUUAUUUGUCGGACUUAUUCUUUGGAACCACCGGUGAUUCUAGAAGUAUCUCAUCGUCUUCAUCAACGACGUCGUUUUGCUCGUUGUCGGGCCACCCUCAAGGUGGGAAGAGUCGUUGAGGCCGCCCAGGAAUCAUUUGGGCAUGUGUCUUUUGUGCAUAGGCAUAACUAAUAAUCAAAUUCUUUCAAUUUUUUUAUUAAAAAAAUAUAUAUAUAUAUACUUUAUAUUGUGUUUUA